GAGGGCGCAGUGGGUGGUAGUAAUAUAUUCAGAGUGUACAGUAUGUGUUGGUAUUAUAUUCAGAGGGUACAGUAUGUGAUAGUAUUAUAUUCAGGGGUACAGUAUGUGAUAGUAUUAUAUUCAGGGGUACAGUAUGUGGCAGAUUUAUAUUCAGAGGGUACAGUAUAUGGUAGUAUUAUAUUCAGAGGGUACAGUAUGUGAUAGUAUUAUAUUCAGAGGGUACAGUAUGUGAUAGUAUUAUAUUCAGGGGUACAGUAUGUGGCAGAUUUAUAUUCAGAGGGUACAGUAUAUGGUAGUAUUAUAUUCAGAGGGUACAGUAUGUGAUAGUAUUAUAUUCAGGGGUACAGUAUGUGAUAGUAUUAUAUUCAGGGGUACAGUAUGUGGCAGAUUAAUAUUCAGAGGGUACAGUAUAUGGUAGUAUUAUAUUCAGAGGGUACAGUAUGUGAUAGUAUUAUAUUCAGGGGUACAGUAUGUGGCAGAUUUAUAUUCAGAGUGUACAGUAUGUGUUGGUAUUAUAUUCAGAAUGUACAGUGUGUGGUAUUAUUAUAUUCAGUGGGUAUGGUGUAUGGAAGGUUUAUAAUCAAAGAGUAUAGUGUAUAGUAGUAUUAUAUUUAGAGGAUACAGUGUCUGUCAGGUUUAUAAUAAUUAUUGUUUUCAUAUAGAGGAUGAGAAUGCGCUGACAUAGUGAGGAGACGUCUGGGCGUCACAUUCUACAGACAGAAGUUUUAGCUGGACCAGGCGAUAUCUUUGAAAGCAGAAUGUUAAUGCUGGACGGGAUGCCGGCAGCAAGAGUCAAAACCGAGCUACUGGAAUCUGAGCAAGUGUCUCCCAAAGUCCACAGCUAUCAGGAUAUGGAAGCCGUCCCUCUCCUCCUCAACAAUGUGAAGGCAGAACCUCCAGAGGACUUGUUAGCAACUGACCAUUUUCAGGCACAAACAGAACCAGUGGACUUGUCAAUAAACAAAGCUAGAUCCUCACCGCGAGGAGUAUCUUCUUCUCCGCUUUCCAUUACCACAUCAGUAGCCUCACCUUCCUCUAAUUCCUCAUCUUCAUCCAGCCGUCCAGCUUCUUCACCAACAGUCAUCACAUCUAUACCGUCCACAGCAUCUGUGCCAACAGUAUUGACUCCAGGGCCUCUUGUGGCUUCAGCAUCUGGAGUUGGUGGACAGCAGUUUUUGCACAUCAUUCACCCUGUCCCACCUUCUAGUCCUAUGAACUUGCAGUCUAACAAACUGAGUCAUGUUCACAGAAUACCAGUGGUUGUACAGUCUGUUCCUGUUGUUUAUACGGCUGUGAGGUCACCAGGGAGUAUGAAUUCUACCAUUGUGGUCCCUCUGUUGGAGGAUGGAAGAAGCCAUCUUAAAGCACAUGUGGAUCCCCGGGGAUUGUCUCCUAGACAGAUAAAAAGUGAUAGUGACGAUGACGACCUGCCAAAUGUGACCUUAGAUAGUGUCAAUGAAACUGGAUCUACAGCUCUUUCCAUAGCACGGGCAGUACAAGACUCAGUCUCACCAUUUAGUAUUGAAAGCACAAGACGACAGCGAAGAUCAGAAUCUCCAGACUCCAGGAGGAGGAGAAUACACAGGUGUGAUUUUGAAGGAUGUAACAAGGUCUAUACAAAAAGUUCUCACCUGAAGGCACAUAGAAGAACCCAUACAGGAGAGAAACCUUACAUGUGUACCUGGGAAGGAUGCACCUGGAAGUUUGCACGCUCAGAUGAACUAACAAGGCAUUACCGAAAACAUACAGGAGUGAAGCCAUUUAAGUGUGCAGACUGUGAUCGCAGUUUCUCUCGUUCGGAUCACUUAGCGCUGCAUCGACGGAGACAUAUGCUGGUCUAAGUCAACAGUCCUUCCAAACAUGCGGAAAAGCAGGUUCUUUUCUUAGGAAUCCAUUCAGCAGGGCUGAAUCCACCCACAGUGUUAUGGAAGCAGGAUGCCCCCGAGUGAUCCAAAGUGAAGGAAUAUACCAGGAAGUGCCAUGCUCGUAAAGAAUCAGCUGCAAGCAUGGAAUCUCCAGUACAUGUCCAUACCUCAGAUAUAACGACUUUCACACUGAGGACACAGGCACUUUUUAUGGGCUAUGACCUGCAUUGUUUUACACAUCAUCUAUUGUACAUUUCCCCUAUGUAUGGACAAAUCUUUUCGAAAGAUUUUCUCCCAAUUUUCACAAAUGAUGUAUCAUAGACUGUUUUCAAGAUCAUGAAAGGCUCAAUUGAUUGAUACUUUUUUUUUUUUUUUUGGGCGGGGGGGGUAAUGUUUUUGUAAAGUUACCAUGAAAUGAUGGACUAUUGACAACAGGUACAUGUAUAGAGUGAACUGACAGCAAGUUCCUUUAUCAGAACAUGGGAUUUUGCAAUAACCGCGAUGGUAAAAAUGAGUUUUCCCUCAUAAUUUCCAUCAAGCAAAGCGGGCAUAACAGAUAUCAUACUCCUUCUUUAAGUAUUCAGAUUUUUUUCUCUUUCUUUGUUGUCUGUGAAAGUAUAUAGGCCGGUAUCUUAAGUGAAGUACUGUUUGUGUUUGUGAAUUGACUUGGCCUUGCCUAAAGCCUUCUUAUAUUUCCUCCACAUUUAUAUCAAUAUCCAAAACUAUUGCACAGGCUCUCAGUAUUAUUCUGUUUUACAGAGUUAAGGAACACAAUUUGAGGUAUAAUGGCAGAGUUUGGCCCCAUCCUGAAUAGGGAUAUGGGGAAAAUCAGAUAGCACAAACUGGAACAGUUGCACUUCUUGCUGCUAAAUAGCAAUAAUGACUGUCUUACAUGGAUUUACUAUAGAUCAAGUACUUAAACUGCGUUUUUUACAACAUCACAGGAGGCCUUUGUCUAAAUAUAUUAUAUUAGAUAUUAAAACCCUAACACAAGUUUAAAAGGCUGCUCAUAGUAAAAUUUGACAAUUUAAAAUGUGAAUAAAAUGUAUAGAUAAAACAUUAUCCCAUCUAAGUCAGUUAGAGUCUGGCCUUGAGAUCAAAUAUAUUUUGUAGUUCUUCUGCACAUCGGAAUCUUUUUGUGUAAGAAAAGGGAACAUUCACCAGCUUUCACCAAGGGAGCAAUGUAUCAUUUGCUUCACAAUGCCAUCAUUAUUACUCAGCAGUUUGCUCUGGAUCUGUACUGGCUUUAUGUUGAGCGAGAAAGCAAGCAAUAUAGGAUCUGAGUAAACUGAUAAAAUGUGAUUAAUACCAGUAUUCAUUGCAAAUAAAUGCAUGAUUGUUAUAUGCAUUGAGAUCUAUUUUUAGUAUUAUAUAGCUAUAUACUAUGAGUAUCGGAAUUACCAUAUCAUAAGCGCUCUGUUCAGCACAAAUUUGAAGAUUGUAUUCUUAUACAAUAUAAAGCACACUCAUUCCUGGUUAUAGUAUUGUUUUAGUGUCAAGCAAUAUGGUUAUGGUGGCAUUAGUUGUUUAUUCUAUAUCACAUAAUAGCCCAUACCAGUACUGAUGGCCCUGUCAAAUCCGAAGCUUUACUUGGAGGUUUUGAAUUCUAACAUACAGCUAGCCUGCCUCUAUUACACAAAGGAAAGGAAAGGGUUAAGAUGCUAGAAAAAAUAGAACAUGAAAAAGUUGUAAGCAUGUACAGUAUAUGUCGAUAUAUACAACUUGUUUUAUAACUGAUGGGGUACAUGUGUUUUAAAGUUUGUUUAGUGUGACAUUUUUUUUUUUUUUUACUUGUGUUCAGUGAUGUUCCUGAAAUGAAGUUUUGUGUUUCAUGUUUUUUAUGCCUCUUGAUAGUAUCUGUGAUUCAAAAUAGCGAAAAAAAAAAAAAAAAACACUUAAUAUUUGCACACAGUGUAUAACUAACCAGAGAUGAAUUCUAACAAUUACAAAUAUAAACUUCUUCUUUCAGAGAUGUCCAAAAAAGAUAAAAAAUGUAGCAGAGCUGAACUUAUCACUUGUUACCCUGGAGACCAUUAAUAGAACUUGGUGGAUAAUAUUCUGGGAUAAUUGUAGCAUAGAACGUGGUGCCUGUACACUGCUCUUUUUUUUGUGGUUAGUGUGGGUGUGUUAAAAAAUGUGCCUACCUUAUAAGGCAUUUGUGGUAUUUCCUACUAAAAUUGUUUGUGAACAUAUAUAUAUCAGGUAAAGAUGUAUGCCCCCAGCUCAGCGAGUCAUUCAGGAAAACAGUUUACUUUCGGCUUAUGGCAUAGUCUGCCAAGGAAAGUAUGCUAGGAGCAUGGACACCUGUCAAAGACAAGUGUCUCUGCUCCUUGUAAACAUGCUAGGCUGAUAGCAUAGUGCAUUGUGCAACAGAUGUAUAAAUUUGGCAUUACCUGCAUGUGUACAUUGUAGAUUUUAUUUAUUUUGACAAUAUUCAUAGAUUUUUCACCACAUUUUAUAAAUAACUACAUAUAUGUAUUUUGAUCAGCCAUACCUGUCAGAGUUGUUGAAGCAAUGAUGCAAUUAUUAGAUACAUAUGGGUGUUAACUGCAGGCCUUUAUUGUAAUUAUAAUUAUGCUCUGAUGUAGGGUACUUGCACCUCAUUCUAUCUACAUGUGCCAAUACAAUAUUUGUGCAGGUGGAAAGAUCAGGUACAUUUUUUUAUAAAUGUGCCCAAUUUUGUUUAAUGAUAAAUUCAGCUCUUCUGCAACUGUAGGAGGAAGUAUUAAUACACUGAUUAUCAAUUGCUGUCUAUUAGGGCGCAAAGAAUACAAGACUUUGUAUAAAAAUGUUAGUAUAAAAUCUCUUAUGUAUUUACCUAAUAUUUAAGAAAAUAAAGCACAACAGAUGAUUUUAGAAACUAUAGGAAAUGUUUUAUGGAAUAUUGUUGAGUAUUGAUAAAUGUUUGUGAAAAGCAUUUUUAUUACUUUUUCUUUAUUGCAAGACCAUAAAGUAAACAAUAUACAGUAAAUAAGUCAUAAAGUAUACCCGGUACUUUAAUAGAACAACUGUGUAUAGAAUAGCAUGUGGUACACUCAGAAAGGUGGUUACUCAUGAUCAAUGAUUAUGUUUUAGGCAAAUGAUCAAACGUGUCAUACAAUGUAAAGGUCCCUUUUAUCAUGAUGUUAUUUCUAUCUCAGAUCCUGUCCCUGAUCACAGUGCUCCUGGUCUUGUUCGUCAUCCUGUAACUGACUUAGAGCACAAUUCGGUAUGUGAAUGCAAAUCAUCCUAGGGCGUAAUAACAAUGAUCACAUGACUAAAAGUGUUGUCAUCUGAGGCAGUGAAGCUACCAAAGUCUUUUUAUGUUUAACUUUGAUAAAUCACAUCUCCAUACAGAAGUAAAGUACCAUAGAUUUUUUAAACAUGUAAUGGGUAAUUCUAGCAAUUUCUAAAGGAUUGGGGUGCUUUAAAAUUAAAAAUAAGAAACCAAGCUCACCCUAUAUAACGCAGCUGCUGUUUUAAUGACUUCUGUUCCUUGUUGCAUUCCUCUGUUCUCCAAUAUAGAAAGCAGGGGAAAGCAGCAAGGAUCGGGACCUACCAGAACGGCAGCUGCUAGGAAUCAGGGCAGGGUUCAGAUAUGGUUUGUUAUUUUUAGAACACCCCUUCUCCUAUAGAAAAUAUGUUCUGUUGCUGGAAUAACCCUUUAACAGACAGCCUAUAUAUUAUAGAAGGUUGCCAUCUUAUAAUUGUAUUUUUUUUUUAAGGGUAUGCUAUAAUAUUCUUAUUGGUGGGGGUCUGACCUCUGGAACUACCCCCAAUACUGAGACUUAAGUGACCUUUGGCUUUUUUCUGGCACAUUGGCAACCACCUUUACCUGAUGUGCAGAUCUUUAUAUAACAUGGCCCCUACUCAAGUUAAAGAGUUGUCUUCCAGCUUCCCUCACAGUAGUAGGCUGGAAGCAUUGUUUUAUUUUAGUGAAAAAACAUGAAGGAGGCCCCUACUACUGAGAAUAAAGUUCCUGGUAGUAAUGCCCCCCACAAUCAAUAGUGCUAAAUGUUAAAGGGGUACUCCUGCGGAAUGUUUUUUUUAUAUCAACUGGUGCCAGAAAAUUCUACAGAUUUGUAAAUGACUUCUAUUAAAAAAUCUUAAUCCUUCCAGUGCUUAUUAGCUGCUGUAUACCACAGAGGAAAUUAUUUUCUUUUUGGAACAGAGCUUUCUGCUGACAUCAUGAGCACAGUGCUCUCUGCUGACAUCUCUGUCCAUUUUAAGUACUGUCCAAGAAGUAAAAGAAAAUCCCCAUAGAAAACAUGC